AUGCCCGACGCUGUCCUUCAACAGCAGCUUCACCAAAAUUUAAGUACUUCAUCGCCACCUCCGACCUCCCCCGCCCAAUCUACUUUGGAUUUAAUUGUAAACCCUACUUCUUCUUCUCCUUCUCAUAUACUUGCCAACAAAAAUCAUGGUGAACAGUUUCAGCAUUCAAACCAUUCAAACAACAAUGCCAUCCUUAAUUCACAACCUCCAGUAACUUCCGCACCUCCUUCAAUUCUUUCUAACACCGAUCCGAACGCGUCACUUCAAUCUUUACUUGCGGCGAACAGAAAAGAUCCUGUCGCUCCCGAUUCAUUACAUCAAUGGGUCAUACCCCCUGUCCAAGUUCCGCCUCCCCAACAACACGCGUCGCCACAUCUACCCUCAGUCGCAGGCCAGUCUUCAAAUGGAAAGAGUGGUAAGCGUAAAUUGGACGAGACAGAACCCGACGAUCCACACCCGAAAAUGCGUCGACCUGUCCGCGAGCAUGUGUCGCAGCAGCACCAGCAUCCUCUUCUCCAAAUGACAACCGUCAUGUGCUUGCAUGCCGCUGUUGCCCAGAAAUCUUAUGGCAGCGAAAAACGCUUCCUUUGUCCUCCCCCUGUCGUUCAUAUUCAAGGUCCAGUUUGGCAAAUGCGCUCACAACAACUCGCCAUGUCAGUUGUCUCCGAGCAAGGUGAACGAUCAUUGGACCAAAAGACUAAUUUGGACAACAAUAUGACCGGAAGCUUCAAAUUCUUGCACGUGACAGGAACCGCUAAAGCAAAGAGCUUUCAGCUUUCCCUCGACAUAAUAGAACCCCCUCCUUCUGCUUUGUCAGGCGAGAGCAGUGCUGAUGGAACUCCUGGUCGUGUUUGGGCCACCUUUGAUUCAGCUCCUGUAACCAUUAUAUCUAAACCCUCGAAGAAGACAGCCAAAACCCGUAACAUCUCUUCGUGUAUCCUCGCUGGAGGUCCAGUAUCUCUUUUCAACAGGAUCAAUUCACAGACUGUACGGACCAAGUAUAUGACUAUCGACAACUCUCAGCUCUGUGCAAGUAAUGUUACUUGGUCUGCGUUCAACGUGAACGUAGUGCGACGCCCUGAUGACGCGCCGCCCACCAAUGCCGGUCCGCAACCUGUUACUUACGGCUGUGAGGUCGUCUUAUCAGACACCUUGUCCAAUAUUGCUACCUCACCACUUAUCAUUCGCAAAGUGGAUAAAGGUCGUGUGUCUUCUGAGGAUGGCGGGCCUGUAAGUCAGAUGCAGAAAAUUGCUCUGCAAAGGAUGAACCAGGAUGGUACGAGACAUUAUUUGUCUGCUGCCGGUCCCAUCCCUGGCGCUCCGAACUCUACCCCAUCCGUCCCCGGAGCACCGGCCCAAGGUGGAACACACCCCCUGAUCUUCCAGUCGCCUCGUAUACGAGACGAGAUGAAAGAUGGCGUGCGAAUCUUGACCGAUGAGGUAGAUGACUAUCUAUGCUGGACAAUUGUGGGCAUUUCAAAGUUCCAGUACACGUUCUUUGACGCGUUCGGUCAACAUAGUAAUUCAAUACCCGACAUGCCUAUCACACCCUUCCCAACACUAUUCACGGCACCGGUGUACCGGCCAACGAACAAUAUUCUCGAAAUGACCGUGUCGCACUUCUUUUAUGAAGACCCAAAGACGCGAACUCAGAUGCCACUGACCGUGUAUUUAGGCGGCCUUGGUCCUCUCAGAGCUCGUUUCUAUCAGGCUGCUCCCCCGGGACCAUUGACUAACAUUGCCACCUUCGGCGCUGCCAUGUCUAAUUCAUCCAACGAGGUGUUGGUGGGUGGAGGUGAUGAAGUCACGGGUUCCUCCGCCGACGCUGCAUCACGAUAUCUCACUCAGCCCCCUUUGCACACCAUUGUGACCGUAGAGUUACCGUCAUUGCCUGAGAUCAUUAAGGCGCUCGAGGAGGAUGUGAUGACUCCGAGCGUGAUGACCUCUGAUGGCAUCAUCCAUCGACAAUCACCGCAACACAAUGAACACGGAGCACCGCUUGACGGGCCUAAUGGCAAUGGCUCACAAUCACACCCACCACCAUCCAUUGCUGGUCGGAAUCUUCCCCUGUUGUUCAUUCGUGCCUCGGAUGGUAUUGGCUAUCAUUCUGGACGAACAAUUAGUUGCGAAAACGUCUUCCAGACUAUGGAGCUAGGGUCGAUGGCACCGGGCGGUGUUCUAGCACAGCCAGGGGGGUCAGCGGAUCCCAACUGGCUCGCAGCUGCGCAAGCUGCGGCUGCAGUUGAUGGAGGUUUACACGGUUGGACGUUAAGAGUAAUGUAA